CGCACCUCUAACAAAUAUAUCCUAACACACAUCUAAAUUAAAUAGAAACAAGAGUUUCUUGACCAUGGAAAGGGAUACAAGAUGACAUUGAAGCGCAUAAUGCGAAAACAGAAGUCCAUGAUCCAACUAGUAGUAACGGUAUCAUUUAAUUCUUUGCUCAACUCAAUCCUUCCGUGUAGAAUACUGUAAAAUAAUUGUCAAAGCAAUUAAUACUGCUUAGUUAAGUGAUAAGUUUCAGUUUUGAAAAAAUUAAAAGUUUCAGAAGAUAAAUUCAUACGGAUGCUACGAUGACGCUCCACUGGUGGAUGCAUUGGUUUUGGGUGACCUUGAAAUUUACUGUUAUAUUCGGGAUCCCAGUAUCAUUGGUGAAAGAAGACCCAACAAUAAAAUAUGAUUCGAGUACUGUAUGGCAAAGUGUCACCGAAAAAAUGACUACAAAUUCAGAUGAAAUUUUAAGCGAAGUAGAACCUACAGUAGCCAAUAUGAGAAUAGCAAAAGCAAUUAAUUUUUAUCAACCGUCCAUGAAAGGAAAUGUAGCUGUUGAUCCUUCUGAGAGUAGACCGUCCACAAAUGCUUCCAUAACUAUAAAAAAUACUCAAGAUAAUUCAGAAUAUCAUAACAACGAUAGUAUAGAUCCUUAUACAUUUAUUCCUGAUGAACGAACUACUAAUUUUUGGAGUGGUCAAACAGAAAUACAGAAAGAAGAAUUAAUAGAUGAUUUUCGUAUUAAAAAUGAUAAAAUUUAUCAAAAAAGAAAAGAUACACGAAUCACGUGGAUUUUAACCACCAGUCGACCAUUAAUAAGACAAAACCACGAAGAAAAAUCUGGGGAUUUGUUUUCAAAUCUUAGUACUACUGAAAAAAAAGAUCUUACUGUAUUACCUCUGAAACUUGAAGAAAGAAGAAUUAAAUUUAUAGUUAAUAGAACCCAAAUUACAACUGGUGAUAAUAAUGAAACGCUAUUUAGUACCAGAAUUUCCAACAGUUCAGAAGAUAUUGAAAUUGAUCAAGAACUAGCCGAACCUCGCGUUUCUUCAGUUACUAAAGUACCAUUAUUUGCAGAUUCUAAUCGAAUUAGUCGGGCAAGAAAUGCUUUUGUUAGUGAUUUUCGAAUAGAUCGAGCGCAGGAUCGUUCUUCCCAAGAUAAUAUUGAAGAGAUUGAAAGUGAAAAAAAUAUUGACAGUAUUAGUGUUCAAUCUUCAACUUUUGAUAUUGCUGUUAUUACUGGAAGUUGUUUGGCUAUGGUUGUGUUUCUUAGUGCGAUGGUUAGUUUUGGAUUUAUUAUGUACAGACGAAAGUAUUUAAAUCCACCUCAAACUUUGAACAGUGAUAAAUGUAGUAACCCGGAUACUUCCGGUUACAUUGAUGAUUCCACAAUUCAAGAUAAUUCAGAAGAGAUGUACAGUUUGGACAAUGAUUCAUUUUUGAACUCUCUUGAAGCAAUGACAAUACAAAAUUAUUGGACAGAUAGUGUGAAACAUACGAAACUAUGACAUUAAGUCGCAUUCUUUUUAGUCUUUGAAGAGAUACUGUUAUAAUUAUAACAGCGAGUAACAAAAAAUCAUGAAAAAAUUGAUGUCUACGUGACAAAAAUGUCAUAUUAAAAUUUACACAUUGUCUCUUUGUUUUAAAGCGAAUAGUGCAAUAAAUUUAUGUACUUAACUUAGUUAUAAAAUAAGUAAGUUGGUAAAAAACAAUGAAAGCUAAACAUGGAAAUGAAAGUUUUAGUCUGAGUACAAAUAAAAAUUUAUGUUAAUCCUUAAAAAUGGCGAACAAAAUUUGGACUUUAAAAAUGUAUACAAAUAUAUGAAGACAAAAUACUUUCUCUGAGGUUUCGCAUUAUGAGGUGUGCAAUAUGGUUAAUAUUUAAAAGUAUUUGAGAAAUAUAAUUAAUUGUAUUUCUAAGCAUUACACGAGGUUUAACAUCACAUACGUACUGUUAAAAUUACAAAAAAAAAAGUUGUAUUAUAGUUAUAUAUUUUUUUUUAAUUAUUUUAUUUUUUUAUUUAAUUUAUGGAAAUAAUUGGUUUUUUUUACUAAUAUUUUUUUAGAAUUAGUAUUAAUUACUACCAUUGGACCAACAUAAAUGUAGUUUGUAGCUAUUGCCUUUGUAUGACAUAUCCGUUAUUUGUUAAUAAUAAAUCCAUUUUCAUCAUUUCAUUCAUAAUAAAUUAUUUUUAGCAAAAUA